AUGGGCGUAACAACCGAGCUUCCCCAGACAGUCCAAUGGAACGGGACAAAGGUCCCGGUCUAUCCCAUGGAGACCAUUGACUAUGCCCGCCUGCUCUCCCAGGAGCCCGAGGAAGUUGAGAGACUGGUUCGCUGCUGCCAGACUGAGGGGUUCUUCUAUCUGGACCUGCAGGGCAUCGAUGGCCGCAGGAUGCUCGACGACGAGCAGUCGACCCUCAAGCUCAUGCACCGCUUCUUCGAGUCGCCCCUUGAGGCCAAGAACGAAUUUGGGCUCAUCACGGGUCAUCUUGGCUACGAACCCAUCGGGUCUCGUACGGGUGUGCUGGAGAACACCAAGGAUGGAUACGAGAUGAUCAAGGUAUCCCGAGACGAGAUCCAGGCAGCCGACCCAAGACUGCCCAGCAUCAUCAAGAACAGCACAGACAUCAAAGUGCUGGAGAACAGCAUUGCCGGAUGCAACACCAUUUCCAAGGUCAUCCUAUCGGCUCUCUCCACCGGCCUCGGCCUCUCUGGAGCGGCGCGGUUCGAGAACUCGCACCGCAACGACCACCUCUCAACCAGCACCCUGGCCAUGAUGCACUACAUCCCCUCCAACCCCGCCCACGAUAAGAACAUCGGGCACCAGAAGCACACCGACAUCAGCUCCCUGACGGUCCUCUUCAGCGAGCAGUGGGGCCUGCAGAUCCGCCCACCCCGCGCCCGCGAGUUCGGUUUCGUGGCGCCCAAGGCCGGCUGCGCCGUCAUCAACGUGGGCGACUCGCUGCGCUUUGCGAGCGGGCACACGAUGCAGUCGUGCAUCCACCGGGUCGUGCCGUACGACUACACCGAGCACCGCUACUCGAUCGCGUACUUCCUCCGGGCCGAGAACCAGACCAUGUUCACCGACAGCGAGGGGAGGUACAUCACGGCUGGCCAGUGGCACGAUGAGAAGUUCUACGCUUUCAAGGCCACGCCCGAUGUGCAGGCCCUGGCACCAAAGUCCAUGCUGCUGGGUGGCAUGGUAGAGGAGGAUGAUGAGCCGGUUGCUGUGGUUGAGCCGGUCGAGGACAAGGCCAACCCGGUCGUGAUGGUGGACGAGAGGAAGGAGGCCCUGGUUGAGGCCUACUAA